GGUUACUUCAAAUAUUUGGUUUUUCAGGAAAAAAUUCAGUUCUUUUAUGAUUAAAACUUAGCUGGUUUCCUAUUCUUCAAGCUCGUUUUGUUUUUUAAUUUGUUUUCCAAUCAUUUCCCUUUUCUUUUUUGUUUAAAUAAUACAAUAAAAUAAAAGAUCAUGGAAUCUGUCAAAAUCUGGAGUUGUCACCAAGUUCAAACCAGCUUGCACUUGGCUAGAUUUGUUUCCAGUAUUUUUGUUUUCUAAAUUUCCUGUUAUAUAAUUAAUGUUCUCCAAUACACUAAAAGGGUUCUCGGAGUUUGCUGUUUACUUAUGAGUUCACAAAUCUAAGCCCUCUUUAUCUCUGUUGGAGCUUGAAUGAUCUUCGAGGUGACAUCUUUUCACUUUUUUAUUCGUAUCUCUGUAUCGUUUCUUGAUUCCAGUUGUGUUUUAGAUUGCCAGCAAAUAAGUUCUUGUAUUUAUGAUUUUUUUGUAUUGCAACCCUAGAUUUCAUUUCACUGCUAGCUCAAAGAGUAGCAAGUUCCUUGUUGCUUAAUCAAUUUCAACACUUUGUUAUGAUGGGUUAUAGAGGUUUUCAUUUGUUAAUCUGGGUUGUGUCAAUCUUGUGUUUAGCAUGCUUUUGUUCUUGUCAAUCCCCCAUAGAUAAUUACCUUAUAAACUGUGGAUCACCCACCAAUACUACAGUAGACGGUCGUGUGUUUAUGGCUGAUAAAUUGGCCUCACAUUUACUUUCUUCACCACAAGAUGUUAUCGUCAAUACUUCAGAACCUGUAACUUCCUCCAAUGAUUCGUUGCUGUAUCAAACGGCUAGAAUUUUUACUGGAUCCUCGAAGUACACCUUUCCUAUUAGCCAAACCGGUAGGCACUGGAUUCGGCUUUACUUCAAUCCAUUUGAUUCAGGGAAUUUCAAUUUGAGCAGAGCUAAUUUUUCAGUUUCCACCCAAAAGUAUGGUCUCCUUAGCAAUUUCAUUGCUAACUCUAAAGUUGUUAACGAGUUUUCAGUAAAUGUAACCACAGAUAACCUUGUUAUCAAUUUCAGUCCUUCAGAAAAUUCAUUUGCAUUUGUAAAUGCCAUUGAAGUCGUUUCAGUUCCUGACUUGCUCAUCACUGAUGAUGCUGUCCUCAUUAGCCCACAAGAGAAAUUCCAAGGCCUGAUGUGGCAGGCAUUGGAAACAGUGUAUAGAGUAAACAUGGGUGGACCUACCGUUACCCCUAUGAAUGAUACCCUUGGACGAACUUGGGUUCCUGAUCAAAGUUUCCUAUUGCAAGCGAAUCUAGCCACAAGUGUAUCAAAGAUUUCAGCUGUCAAUUAUGUUCCAGGUGGGGCUACUCAGCAAAUUGCUCCUGCUUCUGUCUAUGGUACUUGCACCAGGAUGAACUCAGAAAGUGAUCCUUCCAGCAAUUUCAAUGUGACCUGGGUAUUCAAUGUGGACCCAGGGUUUCAGUACCUUGUUCGGUUUCACUUUUGUGAUAUUGUGAGUGAUGGUCUUAACGAGCUGUACUUCAAUGUUUAUAUUGAUUCCUGGAUGGCCGUUAAGGAUCUUGAUCUGAGUACUUAUUUGGUUAACACUUUAGCGGCUGCAUACUACAUGGAUUAUGUUACAACAAAAACUGUUAACAAUAAGCUUAAUAUAAGCAUCGGUCCAUCUAAUCUGCAUAACACUUACCCCAAUGCCAUUCUAAAUGGGCUGGAGAUCAUGAAGAUGAAUAAUUCACUCAGCAGCCUCAGUGGGCUGACCCCUGAUAUCUCCAGUUCAAGUUCCGAGAAGAAUGCUGGACUCGGGAUAAUAGUGGGAGUGAGUGUUGGGGUGUUUGUUUUGGUGGUGUUGGCUGGAGUUCUCUUUAUGUGUUGGACGAAAAAGAGGAGAAUGGGGCACCUGGGACACUCAAAGACAUGGAUUCCUUUAUCUAUUAAUGGAGGAAAUUCUCACACCAUGGGUAGUAAAUACUCUAAUGGAACAACUGCUAGUGUUAAUUCUAACUUGGCGUAUCGCUUUCCUUUUGUGGCAGUUCAAGAAGCCAGUAACAACUUUGAUGAAAGUUGGGUUAUUGGAAUUGGUGGUUUUGGAAAGGUAUACAAGGGAGUUUUAAACGAUGGUACAAAAGUGGCUGUUAAGAGAGGAAAUCCCCGGUCCCAACAGGGACUUGCCGAGUUCCAAACAGAGAUUGAGAUGCUUUCUCAGUUCCGGCACCGCCAUCUGGUUUCACUGAUUGGUUACUGCGAUGAAAAGAAUGAGAUGAUAUUGAUUUAUGAAUAUAUGGAGAAUGGGACCCUUAAGAGCCAUCUCUAUGGCUCAGGUCUUCCCGGCUUGAGUUGGAAGCAGAGACUUGAGGUAUGCAUUGGAGCUGCUAGAGGACUUCAUUACCUUCACACUGGUUAUGCGAAAGCAGUUAUUCAUCGUGAUGUAAAGUCUGCAAAUAUCUUGCUUGAUGAGAACUUCAUGGCAAAAGUUGCUGAUUUUGGUCUUUCAAAGACAGGGCCUGAAAUUGAUCAAACCCAUGUGAGUACUGCAGUGAAAGGAAGUUUUGGGUACCUUGAUCCAGAAUAUUUCAGAAGGCAACAACUGACAGAGAAGUCUGAUGUUUAUUCAUUUGGGGUGGUUUUGUUUGAAGUCCUUUGUGCCAGACCGGUUAUAGAUCCAACCCUUCCAAGGGAAAUGGUGAAUUUAGCUGAAUGGGCUAUGAAAUGGCAGAAGAAGGGGCAGCUGGAGCAAAUCAUAGAUUCUACUCUUGCAGGAAAAAUUAGACCAGAUUCUCUUAGGAAGUUUGGAGAAACAGCUGAGAAAUGUUUGGCUGACUUUGGCGUUGACAGACCCUCAAUGGGAGAUGUCUUAUGGAAUCUGGAAUAUGCUCUUCAACUUCACGAGGCAGUUGUUCAAGGUGAUCCUGAAGAAAACAGUACUAAUUUGAUUGGCGACCUCUCACCUCAAAUCAACAGUUUCACCCAGGUUGGUGCUAGUGUUUCUGCUGCUAAUUCUGAUUCGUCAACUGCGGAUGAUCUCUCAGGAGUUUCAAUGAGUAGGGUAUUUUCACAGCUUGUUAAGUCUGAGGGCAGAUAAUUCAUCGGGGGUUGUACUCCAUGAGUUUAGCUCCUCACACAGUUACACCUCAUUGGUUUGUCCUCUGAUCAACCGAUACUUCCCACAUUAUAAUGAAUUGUUGUAUUUUCUUUAUUUUGUGUCAUAGAGUUCAAUUCUAGAUUUUCAUCAAUACCUUUGCAUUUUUGAUUAACCAUGGGAGCAUAUGUUAAUGUGGCUUGUUGUUUGGUCACUAGACAAAUGAAAGGAGGUUGUGGCUGUAGCUUAAUGUCCUUCAGAUAGGUGUAUAAAUCCAACUGUAUGAAUUGGGAAGUUGUGUGAGUUCUCAGUUACUGCAUGGUUAGUGGUUCCAGCGAGAUUUACAAAUUGUAUAAGGAUUUUAUAUUUUAGAUUUGUCCAUUAGGUUAUUUCCAUGUUUAUUAAUUUAUGCUUCAUAAAGUGCACUUCUUCUCCUGAUGCA